AUGGACGUGGCGCCCACGAAUCCCACUCCAGAUCAUGUGUCUCCCGUCUUCGUCCUGAAGGACAGCCAGGUCCAUGACGGCGGCAUCGUGGCAAACAAUGUCCAAAUCUCUCAAAUCUUCCAUUCCCCUGCACCACCAGCUCCUUCGACAGAUGUCUCGAAUAUUGCAAAAAUCAGCGAUUGGCUCAAGCUCAAAGUCAAUUUUCAUGCCAUCCACAACGACGUCAAGAAGAAACGGACUGAGGCAACGGGAGAUUGGUUCAUUAACAGCUCCAAGUACCAGGAGUGGAGAGCUGGCAAGGGAACCGUUCUAUGUGGAACUGGCAUCCCGGGCGCUGGGAAAACGACGUUGAUGUCGCGUGUCAUCGAUGAUUUAUUACACCUUGAAAAGUCGAACGAUAGCAAGAUCUGCGUCCUCUUCGUCUACCACCGUUACGACGAUCUGCUAUCCACAACCGAGAUUCUGAAGAGCUUAGUCCUUCACGCUUCCGAGAAGCAGAAUCAGCAGUUCUUGGAUGCCGUCAAGUCGAUUCAAUCGCGCUGCGAACUACAGAAAACCGACCCUACCGAAGACGACUUGAUUGGCCUCCUCCAACUACUGGAGACCAUUUUCGACCGCGUCUUUUAUGUCUUCGAUGGCGCAGACGAACUGGUCCAGCCCCAUGUCCAAUCCGACACUCUUGUCGGGUUCAUCAAAGUAAUUAAUCGACUGCAAGGAAACAUCAUCAUCGCAUCCCGACCAUUAGAGCUGCUGCAGACAAUAAAAGGAGUUAUCCGAGUCGAGUUGAUGGCUCAAAACGACGAUAUGCGGACCCUCAUUGACGACAAGAUUGACUGUUUCCCAAACCUGAAGGAGGUACUCGAAGAGACUGGGAGGAGAAAAGAGAUCGUUGACGGGAUAAUAGACAAAGCCAACGGGAUGUUCUUGCACGCGGCUCUGCAAGUCAAGGCAUUGACCAGCUGUCAUACGCCGACCGACGUCCAGGAAGAGCUGGCCAGCUUUCCGGAGGACCUCACGGAUAUGUAUAAGAAGACCUUUCACCGAAUCAAAGCCCAGGAUCCCCGAUCUGCACGAAUUGCGACCAUGACGUUGGCGUGGCUCGUUCAUGCCAAGGCGCCCCUCAGCGUAGAGGCCCUACGAACUGCGUUGGCAGCCCAUCCAGAAACGCAUAGCGUUGAACCGAGCCGCAUGCCACCCCUAAAGUCCAUCCUAUCUGUGUGUUGUGGCCUGGUAGAACAUCAUCCUGAAACAGACAUUGUUCGCCUUGUCCACUUCACUGCUCGAGAUGCUUUGGAACCGCUCUUGCUCGAGGAGCUGCCGCAACCGCACGCGGUGAUCAUCAAGGUCCUGCUUCAACUGAUGGUUGACAAUGGAAUCCCCAAUUGGUUGCAAGGCAAGGACGAACUAAAGGAGCUGCUUCAAAGACCUCUCCUUCGAUAUGCCUAUCAACACUGGGCAGAUUAUGCCCGGGAAUGCAGCAAACUGGCUGGUGCUCGCGAAGACGUCGCCCGCUUCCUGUGCCAAUGUGCCUUGUUUCCCUACACCGAUUUGGAUAGACUAUGGUUCGAUAUGGAUAUCCUGCAACCACUUCAUGUCGCUGCCAUGUACGAUAUCCCAUGGUUUAUCAAAGACGUCUUCGACGGUCAUUACAACCCACUACUGCAUAACCAAGCCAACAGGUAUCCCGCUUUUGAUGGAUGGGAUGUCAAUGCGCGAUCCAGAGACGGUGACACCGCGCUUCAUUUGGCUGGGCACAACGGCCACGGAACCUGCGUAAACAUCCUUCUGCAAUUCCCGGCCGCCAUCGAUGUUAACGCUAGGGACGAUAGGGGACGGACGGCGCUGAUGCAGGCUGCAAUAGGGCGACACCAAGAUGUCGUUCAGCGCCUUCUCGUAGAGCCAGGCAUCGAUGUCCAUGCUGUGGACCGGGAGGGAAGGACGGUGCUGAUGGAGGCUGCAGCGCGUGGCUUCAAAGACGUCGUUGAGCGCCUUCUCGCAGAGCCAGGCAUCGCUGUCAACGCUGUGGACGCGGAGGGAAGGACGGCGCUGAUGGAGGCGGCAGUACAUGGUCGCAAAGACGUCGUUGAGCGCCUUCUCGCAGAGCCAGGCAUCGAUGCCAAUGCUGUGGACGAGCAGGGAAGGACAGCGCUGAUGGAUGCGUCACUGUAUGGCGACGUAUACGUCGUUGAGCGCCUUCUCGCUGAGCCAGGCAUCGAUGUCAACGCUGUGGACGCGGAGGGAAGGACGGCACUGAUGAAGGCUGCAGCGCGUGGCUUCAAAGACGUCGUUGAGCGCCUUCUCGCAGAGCCAGGCAUCGCUGUCAACGCUGUGGACGCGGAGGGAAGGACGGCACUGAUGCAUGCGUCACUGUAUGGCGACGUAUACGUCGUUGAGCGCCUUCUCGCUGAGCCAGGCAUCGAUGUCCACGCUGUGGACGUGGAGGGAAGGACGGCACUGAUGUGGGCUGCAUGCUGGGUUGGUUACAAAGACGUCGUUGAGCGCCUUCUCGCAGAGCCAGGCAUCGAUGUCAACGCUGUGGACGCGGAGGGAAGGACGGCACUGAUGUGGGCGGCAGUACAUGGUCGCAAAGACGUCGUCGAGCGCCUUCUCGCUGAGCCAGGCAUCGAUGUCCAUGCUGUGGACCGGGAGGGAAGGACGGUGCUGAUGGAGGCUGCAGCGCGUGGCUUCAAAGACGUCGUUGAGCGCCUUCUCGCAGAGCCAGGCAUCGCUGUCAACGCUGUGGACGCGGAGGGAAGGACGGCACUGAUGGAAGCUGCAGCACCUGGCCACACAGACGUUGUCGAGCGCUUUCUCGCAGCGCCAGGCAUCAAUGUCAACGCUGUGGACGAGCAGGGAAGUACGGCACUGAUGUGGGCAGUAGCGGGCGGCCACAACGACAUCGUUGAGCGCCUUCUCGCUGAGCCAGGCAUCGAUGUCCACGCUGUGGACGUGGAGGGAAGGACGGCACUGAUGUGGGCUGCAUGCUGGGUUGGUAACAAAGACGUCGUUGAGCGCCUUCUCGCAGAGCCAGGCAUCGAUGUCAACGCUGUGGACGCGGAGGGAAGGACGGCACUGAUGUGGGCAGUAGCGGGCGGCCACAAAGACAUUGUGGAGCGGCUUAUCGCAGAGCCAGGCAUCGAUGUCAACACUGUGGACAGGGAGGGAAGGACGGCGCUGAUGGAGGCUGCAGCGCAAGGCCCCAAAGACAUUGUCGAGCGCUUUCUCGCAGCGCCAGGCAUCAAUGUCAACGCUGUGGACGAGCAGGGAAGUAUGGCACUGAUGGAGGCGGCAGCGGGCGGCCACAAAGACAUCGUGGAGCGCCUUCUCGAAGAGCCAGGCAUCGAUCUCAACACUGUGGACGCAGAGGGAAGGACAGCACUCAUGUGGGCUGCAGCGCAAGGCCACAAAGACAUUGUCGAGCGCCUUCUCGCAGAGCCAGGCAUCGAUGUCAACACUGUCGACAGGCAGGGAAGGACGGCACUGAUGGAGGCUGCAAAGGGUGGCCACAAAGACAUCGUGGAGCGCCUUCUCGCAGAGCCAGGCAUCGAUGUCAACACUGUGGACAGGGAGGGAAGGACGGCCUUGAACCUAGUGCAGCAGGAGGCGAUUCAGGCGAAAGAGAUAGGGGGACAGUUGGUGAGCGGCGAAUCAGAUGCCCUGACGGCGCUAUCGGAUGACUCCAGCACCGAGAAAGUCAUAAUCGACUAUGCAGGGCCAUCUAACAAGGACCCGGAAGCACAACAGGAUGUUAUGGUUAUCGACAAUUCGUGCCGUUCGGAGACGUCGCCAAUUCACGAGGCUGCGAUUCAAGCUGCCGAUCGUCCAACUUCCACGCGCUCCUAG